GAUGCAGCUGCUGCGUGUCUGAAAGGCGGAUUUGACCGCUGAUCUCUGCGUCAGUGCCUCUUUAUUGACUUUUGCCUGAACAGGAAGAGUCGACACAAGGCAGCAGUGCAGUAACAGGGCCUGCCACCAUGUCUGUCAGUGAGACUGAACCAAACUUUUCUAAAAUGGAUCAUCUGGACGUUUUAGCUUCAGAGCUUACUUGCUCCAUCUGCUUGCAUCUCCUCUCUGAGCCCGUUUCUCUUCCCUGUGGUCACAUGUUUUGCUUGGCCUGCCUUCAGACCAUGGGAGAAGGCCUUGACCAGCACAGCUGUCCUGAGUGCCAGACAGAGUACCAGGGUACACAAGCACUUGUGAAAAGCUCCAAAAUGUGCAGUAUCAUAGAGUCCUACAAAGCUACUGUUGGCAAAGUCAGCUCCACCGCAAACCCUUCUGAUAUCGACCAUGUAACAGUCAAGAGUGAUCAUACCUCUGUCACCAAAGAUUCAAAGGAUGCCUUUCAAAUUGGGUCUGGAUCCACAGAGCUGUCCUAUUCUUUGGAUCAAGAGCAAAGCAGCGGCAAAGGCAAGAUGAAAAUGGAUGGACCCAAAUUCAGAAUGGCCUCUCAAAUCACAGAGCUGAACCUUAAAUUGGAGAUGGCGGAGAUUGCGCUGAGGAAGGAGAGGGAACGGGAGUUAGAGGUGAGCACUGCUAACAGUCAGCUGAGAGAGAAAGCAUCCAGACUUUUAGAGCAGAUAAAAGAUUUGUCGCAGAGCUAUAGCACCCAGGUGAUGCAGCUGAUCGAAGAAGAGAUUGGUCCAGGCGAGGCCAGCAUAGGCAAUCGAGUCAGUCAAGCUUCGGAGCUGACGAAGCAGCUAAGACAAGCUGUGCUCCGAGCGGAGUCCCUCCUGACUGAAGAUGACGAGAAUGCAUUCAGUGACGAGCUUCAGACUCUACAGCCACACAUUGAGGAGUUAAUGUCCAAACCUGUAGGAGACGAAGACGACCACAUUGAACCAAAAGUCAACCCUGCGCAAGCCUGUCCCAAGCUGGAAAAUAUGAACGCUGAGCUGAGAGUCAAAUUUGGAGAGAUUCAGCGCUCCCUUCGAAACACUCUCAACCCUUCAGAGGUGACCUUUGACCUAGAAACAGCCCACCCCAACCUCGUCCUAUCAGAGGACUUGAAGACGGUUACGUUCAGCACCACCAAACAGCCGUACCCACCUUCUCCUCAGCGUUUUACCAACUUCUUCCAGGUCCUCAGCACUCAGAGUUUCUAUGAAGGUGAUCACAGCUGGGAGGUGGAGCUUGAAGGUGCUCCGUGGAUCAUCGGCGUGUGCUACAGCGGGAAGCUGGCACGUAGCGGGAUGCCCUCUGCUCUGGAGAGCAGCCGGAGCUCCUGGUGUCUGAUGUGGUUCAACAACCUGCUGACUGCCUUUGAGCAGGGACACAGUGUGCCACUGAAGAGGACCACAGUAUCGCGCAGGCUGGAGGUCAGACUGAGUUUCAAGACCCACAGGCUGAGCUUUUACAACAUCAGCCCCGUCAAUGGGAAGACCCAUGUGUACACAUUUAAGGCUAACCUGACUGAACCAGUGCACCUGGCCUACAGAAUGAUGUCAGGCCACCCCAAAGCUCGUGUCACUGUUUGUUCAUAAUCACUUUAUUUUUAUCAACUAUAUAUUCUGCUGAGCAAAUGUGCUCCAUAGUACAAAGAGUGUGGUAAUAAUAUUUUUGAGUCACAAUUUCUAUGAGUAAAGAAGCUAAAGACUUUAGUUGUGUCUUGUGAGAAGACACAGACUGAUUUCCUCAUUCCACAGGGAUCUUGUUUCAGAGAGUUCAGGAAUUAUGAUGGCACUUCCUUAUCACCUGGUACUUUUGCAUAAUACUUUUUAUGCAUUGUAUGAUAAUAAGAUUACACAGAAAAAAAUAAAAAAAAGCAAGCAUUAAAUGUGACUGGAAUUCUCAUUGCAAUGUGCCAGAAAUAUACUGUCAAUAAAUGCCUUUGUUUUGCUAUUGUUAUUCUUGUAAAACAGGGAUACUCAACUUGCUUUGUGUGGGCUCCACUUUUGUGAAAUAGCAGGAGGCCAGUGGCCAAAUACUAAAUGAACUUUAUCAAUAUUUAUCAUUAUAUACAAUAAAUGCGUUGCCUUGCAGCCGUGCACAGACCAGGUGUUUACAGGGGUGUUUCUAGGAUUUAAGGGCAUUCUGGGCUUAAUCCAGACCUCUGUUGGGAGGUCUGCAGGAUCCACCCCUGGCAUUUUUUUAAAUAAACAACCCCGAUUUUGAUGCUUUUUUUUAC